AUGGCACCUCCUUAUCCCCAACUGACAACUUCGGAAAAGGUCCAGAAAUUCGCAGCCGGACCUGUGGCAGCAGACCUAAGCGCUUUUAUUGCAUUGCUGGGUAAAAGUAUCCAGGGAUGUAAAGGCUUAGGCUACAAUGUCACUAACCCGGUACUCAAGGGGUAUAUGGCUCUGUUGAAUGAUAUCAGGGGUUUAUGUCAAGCUACGCCGCCUGUUGACGACCCGAAGCACCAACGGUACGGAAAUCUAGCGUACAGGGAUUUCAUGGGCAAGGUUGAAGCCGCUCUACCUCGUCUCAUGGAUAGACAUCUGAGGAAUCACCUGAUUGAACUCAAGAAAAUCCGUUUAAAUGAUUAUCAGGCGAUGGAGGAUUCACAUGCUGACUGUUCCACCAACGUUUCUAACCCUCCUGUUGCCGACCUUCCUGUUGCCGACUCCAAUGUUUCUAACCCUCCUGUUGCCGACCUUCCUGUUUCGGACCUUCCUGUUUCGGACCCCCCUGAGAGACUGGAUGAAUGGGCUGCGACUGUGAUGGAGGAGCUCUCAGUAUACUGGUUGCGGUCGCUCGGUAAUCCCAUUCGUUUGGAUUAUGGAUCAGGUCACGAGUUGAAUUUCAUCUGCGCCUUAUUCAUUCUCUAUCAGGAGGACCUUGUAUUACAAGACCUGGGUGAAGAGGAAGAAAGUGUGGGGGAGCGGUCUUCUGAGAGUUGCUCGAGUGAGGCAUGCAAGUCGACUGAUGAUUUGACUAAGGCCGCUCGCGGUCGUAGGUCAAGCCAGCUCCUAAAGUCAAAUGAGCUACUCCGGGCGGCCGAGUGCCCCGUAGCUCGAUCACUGGGUAUAUCUGAAGAAAUAUUGAAGACGUCCCACAAGCAUGAGGGCUGUCAGAUUGUCCUAGGUGUCUUUAUGCGGUAUCUGGAGCUAGUGCGCCAAAUUCAGAUUCAAUAUCAACUGGAGCCCGCUGGCAGCCGCGGCGUCUGGGGCCUUGACGACCACCAAUUCAUUCCGUUCCUGUGGGGCUCUUAUCAAUUAAAGAACAACGCCGACCUUUUGACUCCAGCGGAUAUAGUCAAACCGGAAUACGCCAAAUCUAGCUUGGCCGACAGUUACCUAUACAUAAACUGUAUACGACAUAUCAUGAACGUUAAGUCAACUGCCCCCUUUCAUGAGACUAGUCCGCUCCUCUACGAUAUCUCCGCUACCAAAACAUGGGACAAGCUCCUUAAAGGAUUUACUUUAAUGUUUCUAAAAGACAUCCUCUCCACAUUUACAAUAAUACAGCAUCUACCAUGCGGCAAAUAUAUACAUCCAUAA